AUGCUGAUUCGAUCUCUCAUCUCAUGCGUUUUGCUAUUUCACCAUGCUACGGCUCAAACAUGCAGUCCUUCCAGCCCGUGUGCAAUAGGCUGCUGCAAUAAGUUCGGGAAUUGUGGCUUUGGGCCCGACUGUAAGUCUUCUGAGCCUUUGAUGCUGUGCACUGCUUAACAUGUGUUAGUUUGCGGUUCUGAUUGUAUAUCGGAUUGUAGUAGAAAGUCUGAAUGCAACCCGGGGUUCGGUGCAGAAUGGGCUUCAAGAGACAAGUGCCCGUUGAAUGUUUGCUGCUCAAAGUACGGAUUUUGUGGUGUACGUACGAUCAUGAGACGUCAUAUACAUACUUGUGAAGCCAUUAGACCACUGACAUGCUAGGUCAUAGACCACUAAAGACUUCUGUGGAAACAAGACAGUACCGCACAAGACAUGCUCCAAGACCAAUGGCAAUGCCCGUAUCAUUGGUUACUAUGAAAGCUGGGCGUCCAAUCGUCCUUGUAAUGUCUUUUGGCCAGAGCAGAUUCCCAUUGGGCUCUAUACUCAUAUCAAUUUCGCUUUUGCUACCAUCAAUCCUACCACUUUCAAGGUUGGACCAGACUCUGAAAAUGAUGUUGGUCUUUAUAAGCGCCUCAUGCUUUUAAAGAAGAAAGAUCCUGGACUCAAGGUAUUCAUCGCCAUUGGAGGUUGGACCUUUAAUGACCCAGGCCCCACGGCGACGACUUUCUCUGACAUUGCCGCUUCAGUUCCGCGACAAAAGACUUUCAUCGAAUCGCUCGUAUCGUUCAUGUCCACUUAUGGAUUUGAUGGAGUCGAUCUGGAUUGGGAGUAUCCAGCCGCGGACGAUCGAUCCGGUAGAGAGGUAGACUUCUCUAAUUUUCCUAAAUUCAUGGAUCGUUUGAAAUUAUCUAUGGAUUCGGCGAGUAAAGGGGUCUCCAUCACACUUCCAGCUUCUUAUUGGUACCUACAACAUUUUGACUUGAAGGCUUUAGUAAGUUGUUGAUGCUAUCAUCGUUUGCUCGUUAUCUAACACUGCAAAAUUAGGCUAAAAGUGUCAGUUGGUUUAAUGUGAUGUGAGCUUAAAGAACUUUUUAGCGGUCUUGUAAUUCCACUGACACUCGUAGGUCGUACGAUUUGCACGGAACAUGGGACAGGGGCAACAAGUGGACUGGAGCCUUCCUAAACACGCAUACCAAUUUGACCGAGAUAGAUCUUGCAAUGGAUCUGAUCUGGAGGAAUAAUAUCAAUCCGAAUCAAGUAGUCUUGGGAUUAGGUUUCUAUGGUCGAUCUUUCUCAGUCUCCAGCCCUUCCUGCAUCGAGCCCGGAUGUACGUAUGAGUCCGGAGGUAUAAAGGGCAAGUGCAGCAGAGAGGUUGGAAUCUUAUUGAAUUCCGAAAUCGAUGAUUUGGUGAAGGCAAACGGUGUCAAACCAAAGCUGUACGUAAAAGACGCCUCCAAAGUGGCAUCAUGGGGAAAUCAAUGGGUAGCAUAUGAUGACGAAGAGACAUUCAAGCUUAAAUCCGAAUACGCUCAAAGUUCGUGCCUUGGCGGUCUUAUGGUCUGGGCGAUCAGUCACGACACAAAAGAUGCGAAGUAUAACAAGGCCUUGGCAAAGGUUGCCAAUCGGAAGAUUUUGGCGUUACCGGUGACAGAUGGCUCUGACGAUCCUUACGAGUUUGUCGAUUUCCCAAACGAGCAAUGCAAAUGGACAAAUUGCAAUGAGGAUUGUCCCAGUGGAUGGGUUCUCAUGAAGAGGGAGGAUGACGGUAAGCGAGGUACUGAAUACAUGUUCGAUGAGAGCGGCUGCGGCGGGACUGGAGUUCACAGAUUCUGUUGUCCCCCUGGAAAUCUACCUACCUGCGGCUGGUAUACACAUCAUAAUGGAAAAUGCGACAAUACCUGCCCUUCAGGGACUGUCGAAGUGGGAUCCAACGAGAAGUAUUGCAGGCAGAAGUAUCAAGCAGCGUGCUGUACCACUGGCUCCAAAAGCAUGAAACUCUACACCAAAUGUGAAUGGGGCCAGUACCCUUUGUGUAAUUAUCAAGAAGGUUGUCCAGGAACCGACUCGGCGAAGGAUACAUUACUUGCCAGUUCGUCAUCUGGAAGUGGGGGAGGAAGCUGCAAUAUGUGGAAAAUGGGACCGCCGGGAAGUGGUGUUUUUGAAGUGCAAGCGCGCAAGUUUUGCUGUGAUACUAGCGACCAAAAAUCGACAUUUUCGGACUGUGAGUGGUACAACAAUAUCGGCUUUGGGCCCAAGGGUGCUUCAGAGGGAUGGUGCCGUAGCGGUUGUCCAAACGAUAGAGUACGUGUGGCCAUCGACUCAUGGUCACAAGAUUGUCUUGGGAAAGGAUCUGGUGGAGGAAAAGCCAGAUGCUGUAUACCAAGUUACUCUGAUCGAGUCGAAGUUGAGAAUCCCAAGCUUGACGGAUAUAGAUCUACGAUGAAGUCCUAUACCGACGAUCCGACAUGUGCAAAUCCGGGCCCCAUUCUUGGGAGAAGAAACCUCGAUUUUAAGCAGGACAACGGAUCGGCGAUACCUGUAUUUGAUCUAGACACCUCUCUAGAGUUGACGAAACGGGCUGACAAGAUCGACGUGACCAGGACUGAGAGCUUACUGCUAAUUCUCAUUACCAAAGUCGGCACGUCGGCCAUGCUAGAGGCGACAGAAAAGAUCUGGAAUGACUACAUGAGAGACAAAUUCAGUCAUUUAACAUUUCCAAGUUUCCGUUCUUAUGUUACCAAUCUACCUGAAUAUGGUAGUGAGGGACCAAUCCAAAUAUCUCACGCCGUGGUCUGCAAUCCUCACUAUUGGGAUACUCGUGCGAGUGGUAGUAAGACUUUGAAUUGCGUUGACGGUAUUUGUACGACUGAGUCGUGCGAUGGAAUCGAAGAGCGAAACCCACGCGCCCUGUUUGACCUUGAGAAGAGGAUUCGACCGGCUCGAGAUUAUCGCCCGACGCUCACAGGUGCAGCAGCAAACGGUGGUGGACAAAUCACUAUUACAAUCACUUUACCGCGUUACAAUGGCAUUGAGGAUUUGUCUGAUGAUGAUGCCAUGAACGAUGAAGCGGUUGACUUUGCCGGAAGAGGAGAUUGCACCAAUGCUCAGAUGGCUCAUUUCUCCCUUCCAAGCGAUCAACGCUAUCAAAUGGAGCAUAUCUUCGACGGCAACGUCAUGGGGAGAUUCAUGGCCGAUGCAGCAGCUGGUAAUCUGAGAAGUGGAGCCGUAGCACGAUCCGGACCAGUGUCCAUCUCGUUCUUCCGCACAGCUCAAACAAUGCCUCUCCUACCCAACGCGCCCCCUCUGCCAGGAGGCGCAAACUACAUCCGCCUCUACGACAGAGUGAUGGAAACCCUGGGUAGCGAUACUAACACAGCGAACUUCGUCAUCACCCACGCUGACAUCAAUUUCGUGAAAACUUAUCUCAUGCAAGGCCAGGACCCUAUUGCACGAACUCGCUUUCCCACCCUCGCCAGCGACUUUGCACACCCUGAGUACGUUCUCCUACGACUGCGUGCGUCAAUUGGUCUCAUUAAUUAUCUCAACCACCAGGGAACACCAAACGUCAAUGCUCGAUUAACCAAUAUCGUUAACAAUGCUGGAGCUCAGUGGCGGCAUGGUCAAGCUACUUAUAAUGCAGCCAAUCCCAAUAACCAAGUCGCUAUUGGGGAUUUUUGGAGUGAGUGGGCCGAGGACUUUUUCGCUUGGUUGAUACUGCAUUCAAGGGGCUUUGUGCAGUAUGGAAUUGAUCAGAUGAGACGAUAUUGGGGAGUCGGAACGAAUGAGAUUACGAAUGAGGUUUUGGAGAUUUUGAGGAACUUGGAGGAUCAGUUGAACCGUUUGAGUAUUGAUACGAGUGGAUUUAAUUAG